AUGUUUAAAAGUUUUCUUUGGAUAAUAACGACGAUCUUCGUGUCACUGUUCUUCGAUAACGCAAUCGCGUACAAUUUAAUCGAAACUACUCAAAAUUUUAAUAACAUCAAACAAUAUAUAAAUGAUGAUACAUUAAUGUUGAUAUCACCUCCAACGAAUGAUUCCGCGAAUCAGUUCGUUACGCUCCUAUUUCAAAAUGGAACGAGUUCGGUGAUAAAUAUUGACGUCAAAAGUCAAAAUGAAGGAAACGCUUUGAUUGACAUUUAUCCUUUAGCCAAAAACUACAUUUGGAUAAUAUACGCGAGAAAUGUGAACGAAAGUAGUAGCGUUCAAAACAUGUUUGGUAUGCUAAUGAAUUGGAAUCAAGAAAUUCUUGCAUUUGACGUCGACUUAAAUUGUCCGUAUGAUGUUAAUGAUCGACCGACAGUUGCACCCAAUAUCAAUCCCGAAGAUGGCUUUAUCAUUAUAACGAAAAACACUAAUCAUCAUUUAACAUGGAAUGAAUUCUCUUAUUCGUUCAAAGAACACGAGCACAAAGCUGAACAAGGACACGAACCUGAUGAACAAGAACAUGAACCUGAUGAACAAGAGCAUGAACCUGAUGAAAAAGAGCAUGAACCUGAUGAAAAAGAACAUGAGCCUGAUGAAAAAGAACACGAAAAAAAGCUUCCCGAUGUCAAUCUCAUCAAAUUUAUUUCUCAUGGCACAAUCAAAUAUACAGAACAAACCGAGUUAAUAGAUUAUUUAGCGUUUGGUACGAUAGAAGGAACAUACGGAGCUCUAAUAUUACUUAAGAAUUUAAAGAUUAAAAAUGUAGAUUUAAUCAAUAGUUAUCAAGCGCAACCGAUUUAUAUGGUAUAUUUAGCUUUAAUAGGCACCCCACAACAUUCACAAGUGCCUGCAUUGGUUUACGAAACUUCAGAAGAAAAAAUUACUUCAAUUAAUAUUCAAUCAUGUAAAGUUGCAUUUGUCGAUCAUGCAAACGUUUGCUUUCUUAAAUCUAUUGUUAAUAGUAGUUUAGGUGUAUCUCUCUCUGCUACCGUAGAAAUUGUUUUUUUGUCUACGGGUUCAGUGAUUGAUAUUAGUCAGCUUGGUUUGGAUAAUGAUACGAUAAAUCUGCCAGCACUACCAACACCAAACGCUAAUAAUAUUACGGAUUCCGUUAUACCUUUGGAAAAUGAUGGUUUACUUGUAAUUAGACAUACCGAUAAUUCCAUCACCGGUCACAUCUAUGAUCAAUAUGGAAAUAAUAUCGGAAAAGAAUGGGACAUACCAAAGAAUUUAACGGAGAAUAGUAAUUUACUUGGAUUUGGCAUGUUUAAAAAUAAUACUGCGUGGAUCGCUUUAGAUGGUUUAACAGAUAGUAUUGUAUCAAGUGAUAUGCCAAAAUUUAUCGAAGACAGUGGAUAUAAUAAUUUACUUGUAGUGUCAACCGAACCAAAGAUAAAUAGCCUCUUAUUCACACCUUAUCCGGAAACAAUAAAUAUAACCUAUUCGAUUCCAAUCACGCAAGGUUCUGGAAAUAUUACAAUUUACCAGGUUAACGAUAAUGGAUCAAAACUUUUAAGACAAACAUUUCCCGGAGCUUCAGAACAUUGUAGGAUUGAUGAAAUAGAAAGGAAGACAAUCUCUUGUAAAGUACUAAAUAGUACCUUUAAUCAUAUGGGUACAAAUUAUACGGUGGUCGUUGAUAAUAACUUUGUUAAGAAUUCUUUCUUGGAUGAACCUUUAAGCGGAAUACAAAGUGGUUUCUGGAAUUUUAAAACUAAUGCAUCGUCAGCUGAAAUUCCGUUCACAGUUGGAUUCAAUGUCUUGUUGAGGCUUGAUGAUGAAGGAACACGAAAUUUUUUUGCGGAUAAAAAAUUUUUAGAUCAUUUACAUACAGAAUUAUCUCAAAGUAUACCGGUUAAACAUCAUAGACUGGUAUUCACUCGGCGAGUACAGAAAGACUACUCAACGGAAAAUAAAAGAUUAUUAUUUGAAUUUAAAAUAUUAGAAGAUGGAAAUGCUACUGAGCCAAGGCCUCAAGAAGUUUUCAAUAGUUUGAAAACUUUAAUCAAACAUAAAAAGAUUACUAUUCUCUCAACUUUAAGUCAUGCUAGCGACUUAGAUGAAACGUAUGAAAUUCAUAUUGUUCCGAAUUUAUGGGAAGUUGUGAGGUAUCUAUUCCUUGGAUUUGUGUUUAUCUGUUUAACACUUGGAAGUUUUUAUUUGUGGGCUCGUUAUAGACAUCCAAAGGGACACAAUUCGGCGAUAUUUAAAAUUCCAUUGCUCUUAUUUGAUUUAUUAAUGGACAUAUUAUUUGUUAUAUACCAUGGAAGGACAAUUCCUUACAUAUUCAUUCCAAGCAUUAUCAUAUUAACAGUAUCGUUUGCAUUUAAUUCAUUCAUGAGCGUAAUAAUUAUAACGCGUGAAAUAUCACACAAUCCUAACUUUCAAAAAUGGUUCGAUAAUCAUAUAAAAUUAGCAGCAUUAUUCACUGUACUUGGGUUCGCCGACGUAGAAACGUUAUAUACAUUAAAAAGCAGAAUCGCCGGUUUAGAAUCGUUUUCUGCUCCUUAUUCUAAAGUUGGAUUAUCCUGGAUAUUAAACGGUAGUGCGUUGAAUGUAUUGAUAGUUGAUUUACCUCAAGUAAUAUUUCAGAUUAUCUAUCUACAAACUGUGUUAAAUUAUACUUUGAUACCUUUCUUCACUUUAAUUACAAGUAGUUUGAUUUUUGUUAUCGAUUUGGUUUCUCAUGUUCACGAUGCUAUGUCGAACCAAUGUUGCAAGAAUUCUAAGGUUGGUUAUAUGUUUAAUGAUCAAGUAUUGCCCCAAUCUAGUCGUGAAUCUAGUCGUGAACCUAGUCGUGAACCUAGUCGUGAACCUAGUCGUGAACCUAGUCGUGAACUUAGUCGUGAAUCUAAUCGUAACCACGAAAAUAACCACGAAUCUGACCACGAAUCUGAUCAUGAAACUAAUUACGAGAAUCAUGGUAAUAAUAAUGGUCGCGAGGAAGCUUAA